AUGUCUAGCUCAAAUGGAACUCCUCAGUUUACUAACAAUUUUGUCCGAGAACCAGCUCGAGAUCCUUCAGGAGCAGGAAACAAUAAGGUAACACGUGAUGCUUCAAGGUCAGCGGUAGCAGAAAUAAGAAGGUUGUCUAGUAUGUCUGGGAAGAAGGAUCUUUCAGACUUACAAAUUCCAACCAUAACGGAAAAUGCUGAAGAUGUUACUGGGUUAAGAGGAAGGAUUCGGUUACAAAAAAUGGAUGAAAGAAAGAAUUCACGUAAUUGGAUGGAUCAGCAACGUAAAAACAUACAAGCUUAUGAAUACUUAUGUCACAUUGGUGAAGCAAAAGAAUGGAUUGAAGCUUGUAUAGCAGAAGAAAUUGAUCCAAUUGUAUUAUUGGAAGAAAGUUUAAGAAAUGGGAUUGUGUUGGCCAAAUUGGCUAAAUCAUUCGAGCCAUCAGUUGUUAGGAAAAUAUUCAUGUCACCCAAGUUACAAUUUCGGCAUUCGGAUAACAUUAAUUUCUUUUUUUUAGCAAUUCGAAAAGUUGUAGGAAAAUUAGAAUUCACCGAUGAACAAAUUCAUACGACGCAAAGAGGAUUGGCUGCAUCGGGAAUUGUAAUGCCAAGUUUCGCUAAUGUUGGUUUGGCAUUGGCAGCAGAACUUAAUGAACCAAUUUUCGAAACUGGUCAAUUACAAGAACCUCAAGAACCUCAAGAACCACAGGAGACUGAAGAAGAACGCAAAUAUUGGGAAGAUAAUAAGAAUGUUCUUAUAAAAUGUCAAUCAUAUGUUAGAACACAUUUAGCACGUAAACAAUUAUUGGAUCGUAGAGCAUUAUAUCAAUAUUCUAUGCCAUUUAUAAUUGCUUUACAAUCUCAAUGUAGAGGUUGGCUGGUGCGCAGAGAAUGGAAUCAACGAUUGGAAGAACUUGAAAAAUUAGAAAGAUGGUUAAGAAAGUUACAAAAUUUAUGUAGAGGAGCAUUGGCUAGACAACGAUUUAAAGACAAACGAGAUUAUUUUCAAAAAAAUAUCGAUAAAGUUAUUAAAAUUCAAAGUUUAUACAGAGCUAAACAUGCUGGAGAUGCUUAUCGUAGUUUAACUAUGGGAAGUAAUCCCCCAGUUGGAACUAUAAAGAAUUUUAUUCAUUUGUUAAAUGACAGCGAUUUCGAUUUCGAAGAAGAAAUUGAACUUGAAAGACUCAGACAAGCAGUGAUUCAAAGAAUUCGCGAGAAUAAUCAAUCAGAAGAUUUAUUAAAUCAACUUGAUAUUAAAAUAGCAUUACUUGUUAAGAAUCGUAUAACGUUAGAUGAAGUAAUAGCAGUAGCGAAUUCAAAGAAACGUAAUCGAAGACUUUCACAAUUGAAUUCAUCAUCAGGACCAUUUUCAUUAAAAUCUUUAGAUAAAGGAUCGAGAAGACGGCUUGAAUUAUAUCAACAAUUAUUUUAUAUAUUACAAACACAACCAAUGUACUUAGCAAGGUUAUUUUUUAUAUUAAAUAAAUUAGGAUUUCCGGAAAAAACUAAAAGAUUAGUUGAAGGUGUUGUACUUACAUUAUUUGGAUAUGCACAAAAUGCUCGAGAAGAAUAUUUAUUACUUAAAUUAUUUCAAAAGUCAAUGAUGGAAGAAUUAGAAAAUAUAGACUCAUUACAAGAAUUUUUACGUGGAAAUUUUAUGUUUGUGAAAUUAGUGGUACAUUAUAAUCGUGGGGCAAAGGAAAGAAAAUUUUUAAGGGAAUUACUUGGACCUUUAGUUAAACAAGUAAUUGAAGAUGAAUAUAUGGAUCUAGAAUCCGAUCCUUUAAUUAUUUAUAAAGCCUUAAUUAAUGCGGAAGAAUCAAAGACCGGUCAACCUUCUAAACGUCCUAUUGAUAUUACCCAACAAGAAGCCUUAAAUGAUCCCGAAACUAGAACUGUAUUUAUCCAUCAUUUACAACGAUUAAGAAAAGAAACCGAUAGUUUCUUAACCACUAUCGCUAAUAAUCUUGAGAAAAUCCCUUUUGGCAUAAGAUACAUCGCAAGGGAAUUGAAAAAAUCGUUAAUGGCUAAAUUUAGUAAUGAAAGUGAAGAUAAUGUUAUUAAAGUUGUCGGUCAUUUAAUUUAUUAUCGUUAUUUAAAUCCUGCCAUCGUCGCCCCUGAAGGAUUUGAUGUAAUCGAAACAAUUGUUACUCCAAUGCAACGUAAAAAUUUAGCAGAAAUAUCCAAAAUGCUUAAUCAAAUUUCAGUUGGUAAAUUAUUUACGGAAGAAAACAUGUAUUUACAACCAUUAAAUGAAUACGUGCAAUAUGCUUCCGAUAAAUUCUCAAAUUUCUUUAAAGCUGAUGCGGAAACGUAUUUUGGUAUCGAUGAAUUUGAUGAUCUCACGCGUACAAAUAAACCUAUAAUUUACAUUUCACCAUAUGAAGUAUUCUCAAUGCAUGAACUUCUUUUACAACGCCUAGAUUCAAUAUCUUCACAACCAAAUGAUUUAAUUCGACAGAUCCUUCAUGAUUUAGGUGAUGCACCGCCUAUUAAUGAAAAUGACAAUUCGGAUUCAAAUACCAAAGAGAUAGCACUUACGUUGGCAAGUAGAUUAUCAUUGGAUGCAAUGAAAGAACCUGAUUCAGAAAUCAAACAUUUAUUUGUUGAAACAAAACGUUAUAUAUUAAGUAUAAUGAAAGUGCAAAAUGGAAAAAAUUUAUUAGAUAUUUUGGUUAAACCAGUUACUUUACAAGAUGAGCAAGUUUAUCAAGAAAUUUGUAAAAUGGAUCAAGAAAAACAUUUAAAGAAACUUACUUUACAAAAUAUCUUAAAAUUAGAGACUGAAAGAAAAGUUACAAAACAAAAUAAUUAUCAAGAUUUUCUUAAUAGUAUCGCCGUUGAUAUUAGGAAUAAACAUAGAAGAAGAAUUCAAAGACAAAAAGAAUUGAGACAAUUAAGACAAACUCUUGUGAAUUUAGAUGAGAAAAGAACUCAUUUAGAUGAGCAAAUUAAAACUUACAAUGACCAUAUCGAUGUUUGUAUGCAACAAUUAUCAACCAAGAAAGGCAAAAAAUCAAGACUUGUUCUUCCAUUUACACGGCAAUACUUCCAUAUAAGGGAACUUCAAAGGUCAGGACGUGUACCGCAAUUUGGUUCAUUUAAAUAUACAGCACAAAGAUUACAUGAAAAGGGUGUAUUAUUAUCAAUAGCGGGUUAUUCAACAUUUGAUAAAAUUAGUUUUACAAUUUCCUCUGAUGAAGUUGACUAG